ACUACCGUGGUGUUUACUUGCUGCGCUUCUCGAGAGGCAGCUCGGCAGCGAGCGGACCCUAAAAUCAAUGGAUUUCUGAAAAAUUGUGGGGAAGAUGCGGUUUUUGCGGCUGAGUGUUUUUGCUCAGAUUGUAGAAUCUCUUUCUAGUCAUUCGCGAGUGCCGUACUUGGGCCAGCGUGGGUGCGGGAGGAGCGAGCCUUCGUGAAGUGCCCGCAGGCGCUUGCAGGACCCAUGUGUAAAAACAAAAUUCGGCUGGUCUUGCUCUGACAGAAACAUUCGAGCCCAGGGACGCGAUGGGUAUUCCGGUGCAAACCCAUGGAUUAAACCGAGUGCUGUGCUAGUUCAACUGCAUUGUGAAGUGAAUUGUGACUCAUAUUUGAGAAUUUACUGUGAAAAAUCAAGUGAUUGUGGAUUAAAUUCGUCUGUAAAACGUCGCCCGUCGUUAGCUGCAGGAGAAAACAUAACCUCCCUGUGUUCUUAAGUGCAGUUCUUUGUGGAAAAUGCCUAAGUGGGCAAACUUUGAUUUGCCGAUGGACAGAAGAAACUCGGUUCUCUGCCGAGAGUGUUCGAUUUGUGCUGUGAAACGGGAUUUGUGAUUGUGAAGUGAUUGUUUUCAUCGGACGGACGUACCGGGCUGGCGCUGGCUGGCGCUCCCUGGCGCUCCCGGCUUUAGGCUGGCGCUGGCUUCUCAGACUCCGUUGUGAUGUGGAGCUACGAGAGGGAAACCGUCCUGGAUUUGUAGGACAUCUAUGUACCUACAGUGUGUUCAGUGCUUGCCCGGUGAUAGGGAGGCUUCUUAAUGGCAAAGAAGAGCUGUACCCGCCGUGUAGCGCCUGCCAGCACGCUGCCUGCCACACUGGAGGAUCCGGUGGGCAACUGGAAGGGUCCGCCCCCUGGCUCAGAGCCCCAGAACUUCACGCCUAAUUCUGGGCAAAACUUCUCAGGGCCACCCUCAGGGUACCAGGGGCCACCCUUCCAGGGUCCGCCUGGGGGCGCUGGUUCCCCGGCGGGUGCCCCACCAUAUUCUGGACCUCCACCUGGCUCAGGCACCCCUCAGUACACUGCAUCCCCAGCCCCCUCUGGUUCAUCCACACCUGGACCUGGACCACCACAAAAUGACCCCCGGUUUCCUCCUACCCCCAACUCGGGUGGACCUCCUUACAAUGGUCCAGGUCCUGGACCAUUUGGUUCUCCAUCAGGAGGUGGACCUCAAUUUGUUGGAAGACCAGGCUCCUCUGGGCCACCAUUUGUGGGCCCCCCUGGCCCAGGACCAGGUGGUCCCCACUUCCCCUCACCUGGACAAGGACCUUUCGGAGGACCCCAGUUCGGAAUGCCUCCAGGUUCACCAUAUGGUCAUGGGCCUGGCCACCCUAUGUCAGGCCCAAUGCCGUCUCAUGGACUUAUGCCUGGGCAAAUGGGCCCUGGACCCAACCCUGUCGACAGGAUAGACCAAGGGUCGCUGCCCGUCCCAAGACGGCAUACCUCGUGCUUUGGCCAACCGGACUAUCGUAUUUUCGAACUUAACAAACGGUUACAGCAAAGAACUGAGGAAAGUGACAAUUUGUGGUGGGAUGCAUUUGCAACAGAGUUCUUUGAAGAUGAUGCAACACUAACACUAACAUUCUGCUUGGAAGAUGGACCAAAGCGAUACACUAUAGGAAGAACUUUAAUUCCUCGCUACUUCCGAACAAUAUUUGAGGGAGGAGUAACAGAAUUAUAUUACAAUCUUAAGCACCCAAAAGAAUCUUUCCACAAUACAAGUAUUACCUUGGACUGUGAGCAGUGCACUAUGGUCACACUCCAUGGGAAACCAAUGUUUACAAGAGUUUGUACAGAAGGCAGGUUGAUUUUGGAGUUUACCUUUGAUGACCUAAUGCGAAUCAAGUCAUGGCAUUUAACUGUUAGAAGUCAUCGUGAAUUGGUGCCUCGUACCGUUGUUGGUAUGCAUUCAAGUCAAGACCCUAGCAUGCUUGAAUCAAUCUCCAAAAAUAUCACAAGAUCAGGGAUCACUAAUUCAACUCUUAACUACCUGAGACUAUGUGUAAUUCUUGAGCCAAUGCAAGAACUAAUGUCAAGACAUAAAGCCUAUGCCCUUACCCCAAGAGAUUGCUUAAAGACAACACUUUUCCAAAAAUGGCAACGGAUGGUUGCUCCGCCGGAAUCCCAGAGGCCAGCUAACAAAAGACGGAAAAGGAAAGGCUCAACAUCAGGAGGUGUUGCCAAUAAUGCUCCACCAGCUCCAAACAAGAAGAGGUCACCGGGUCCUAACUUUUCUUUAGCCUCUCAGGAUGUAAUGGUGGUAGGUGAGCCAUCUUUGAUGGGCGGGGAGUUUGGUGAUGAAGAUGAGAGACUUAUUACACGGCUUGAGAAUACUCAAUAUGAUGCUGCAAAUUCCAUGGAUCAUGAUAACCAUGGUUUUUCUGACUCCCCAAUGGCUGGAGGACCCAACUCAUGGGGUGGUGGAGGUCCUGUGGGUGUUGGUGGUCCAGGUGGAGACAGAGGUCCACCACCACAAGGUAACACACCUUCUAGCCAAGACUCGGACAAAAAAUCUCCUGCUGUUAGCCAGUGAUAAAAAGCAACUUCCCUCUAGUGAAUCUCGAUUAUAUAUAUGUAAGUUAUAUAUACAUAUAUAUAUAUGCAUAUAUAUAUAUAUUUUUCUCAGAAGUAAAUAAUGUUCAGUACAAAGUUGUGUUGCUAUGUUCAGGGGACCUCAGACUAACGUAAACAUGUUAAAACUGCACCUCAUUGUGUCAUGCAAGAAUUUGAAGCAGGAAUAUUUGGGUGUUAGUACAUCCAUUGUAAAUUCUUGUUAAGCUGUGAUUUUUUAAAACCAUUUGUAACAGGAAGAAUUUUUAUGGUGUUCCUUAUUUGCAGAAUUUUGUUAGUAAUUAUUACCAAAUGCCAUGUUAUUCACCUCUUGGGUCCAUUCCAGAUUGUAAGGAAUUAACCUGACAGGUGAAUACAAAUUCAUCAUCUAUGAGCAUGACCUGAUACUUCCUAUUUGUUGUUCAAUUUUCAUCUUUUCUAUUAGUUAUUUUUCUAGAUAAGAGUGAAAGUAACUACAAAAGUUGUUGUUGUUACUGUGGUUUCAGGGGGAAUGAGAUGUAUUAAAUAAUUGUUAAUUUUAUCUUUAUUUUGACCUCAUGGAAGUAUCUUUGCAUUUAGAUGCAUGAAUUAUUUUUGUAUCCAUAUUACAACAUUAUUCUGUGAAUGAACAGCAUAAAGACCUUUUGUGAUUAUGUAUCCUGUAAGUUUUAAGUCAGUAUUGGCAUUCUGUGGCAAAAAUGACAACUGAGGAGAUAAACUCAGGCCACACACAUUUGAUUCCAUGGAUGUUGCCUGCUCAAUGUUUUCAUUUUUUAACAAAUCUAAUCAUACAUCAUCUCCCCUCAGCUGUUCCUACUAUGUAAGUGUUGAGUGAGAUAUUCUAUCAAAGCCCAUAUCAUUAUACGUACCUUUGAGCAGGUCUACUUAAGAUGGUAACAAAGCAAGCCUUUGUUACUUCUGUCUGCUAUUUAGGAAAGAUCAUCUAUUUUCCAGAAGGUAUAGGUUUUUGAACUGCUAAGUACCCUCUUAGAAAGCCUUUAUCAUGACAUCUGAAGACACAAUAUGUUACAACCAGAUAUUGAGAUAAAUUCAUUGUUAAAUAAGUUGUGUUAACAAUGAUACCAAAUGUUAGCAGAAUUUUUGACAAAUUUUAAGCAAUUUUUUACACUUAUACACCUAGGCAUUUGUUUUAAAUUGAUUUGUAGAUGAUAUACCCAGUAUAAAAUGCUGUGGAAUCGAACAUUUGUUAUUCCAAAUUAUUAUUUCCAAAAUUUCAUUUGUGAAAUGGGUACAAUUUUUCUCAUAGUUAAUUCAAUUUAGAGACAGGUAUUAGUGGUUGUCCUUAUUAUAAAGUAUAUCGUUUCAUACUUUGGAUCAUAUGUGGGAAGCUUACGAUUAGUAAAUACUUGAUGUGUAUUUGUAAUAUUCUCAGUGUUUUAAUUGGAGUCUCAUUUGUGCAUUGUGUUGUGUAUUAUAUACACAAGUUACCACUAUUAAUAGUGGCAGAAGUGUUAGUGUUGCUUUAUGUAGAUCUUUUCAUUUUAUGGGUUGUAAAUUAUUUUAUUAUUAUAAUUAAUGUAAUUAUUAUGUUAUUACUGUUAGAAAUAUAUACUGCCGAUCAAAGCACACAUGCACGGCGCCAUAAGGAAGUAGGGUGUGUGUGAUUUUCACUUGUCCACACACCUGAAAUAUGGACUGAGGGUCCUUUUAUUUUAUUUUACCUUAUUUAUUGAAUUGUGAUUUCAUCAAUAAUUUUUACUAAUCGUAACAUUCCCAAGUACAUUAAAUGAUGUUUACAAAGCACUUAUGCCCUUGGGGUGGAAGGUAGUACAGCAUGCUUCCUAAGGUGGGGUUGGAGCAGUGUUCUGUAGAACAAUGAAUAAUUUAUCUGGUUCUUACUAAUUCUGUCAAUAAAUUAUUGACAGCCUGUCUGCUCAUCUGGCUGACAUAAAUGAACUUCAUCGAUAAUGACAAUGAACUUGAUUGCCAGACUUCUCUUUUCUUCUUAAAUUUAUUUGGUGUGCACACUGCUCUUAACCCUACCUCUUCUUCCGUAUGAUUGAAGUGGGUGUUCCAAUUCAGUACAUAAAGAGUUUGUACUUAUUCCUUUGUUCAAACAUGGGUGCCUAACUUAUUAAUGCACCAUACCCUGGUGGUAUUGUGUUAUGUGCAGCAAUCACAGUAUUUCCAUGGCCUGUAUGCCUGUCUGUAUGUAAGUUUGUGUAGUUGUGUGGUCUGGAGCAGUUUGCUUUUGUUUCUAUUCUGCAAGCUGUCAAGGGCUCUUUCACAAGAGUGCAAUAUCAACCCCAAUCUUAGUAAUCCAGUUAUACGUAAAAAAGAGAACAUAAACUACUGUAGUACGCCAGUGCCAACCCACCUGAAGGGUUAUAUAUACUUUAAUAUUGUUUUCUAAAGUGUUUGUUGAACAUUUUUAACAUCUGUUUUGAAGAGCUUUGAGAAAAGGUAGCUUUUCAUACCAAAGACUGGUAUUUGUUGUUGACAAAUGAAAUUUUCAAGUCCUGCUUUCCUAUUAUUCUUGCAGAAAUUUCAAAUUACAGUUGAAUUGGGACAUUUUUUAUUGGGUUUCUGGAGUAUGACAAAUCCAGAAUCUGGAUCAAAUUAAAAUUGGAAAUUAUAAUUAAAUUUAUUACCAUUUUACUUGUGCAAUUUUAACACAGUACUUGAGUGAAUCCACCAAAAAGUAUGUGUGAAAAGAGCUACAGACUCAGUACAUGUCAAAGUUCCACAGUGCAUCUUGAUUAAUUUUUGAAUGAUGUAAUGUUUUUGAAAGAUCAAUUGACCCUUGGCCAAAAUUGUGACCUUUGUAUAUAUUUGAAUUAUUGAAGCAAUUUAUUUGUACAAAUAUUUAAUUAAAUUCAUUGAAGAUGGUCGGCCCAUCCAACACAUUUCUAUAUUCAACUUUCAAAAUGAUCCCGCAGUGUUCUUUGCACUCAUGUGAAAGUGAACUGAAAAUGUGUUACCCUUACAGUGUGUUAUCAUCACCCUGAAAAUGAGAAAAAAAUAAAUGUUUAUUUAUCCUUGAAUGGAA